AAAAUCUGUUAAAAAGAUUCAAAUCCUCCUUAUUUUUUCUUAUUGUUAUUAGUGGUUUUGUAACUUCUCCAGUUGUCACUGUGAUUAAGGACAACGCUGGUUAUUUUUUCAUUAAUUCUGUGUUAAUUGUCUGAGUUCUUUGUGAUGAUGAUGGACAGUGUGGGUGUCAUGAGGAGUGACGCGGCCAUAUUUGCCGGUGCUGCUCCGCUGUAAACAAAAAGUGUCUGCGAGACGGACGCUCCGCUGAUUUUAGGGACAAUUUUAUUUCUCUCAUUUAUUAUCUCUUCAGGUAUGUCUUACAAACCCAAUCCCCAUCAACACCUUCCGGGAACUUCUGGGAACCAAGGAAACAUUCCCUCUCCAUCUUCCAUGGCAACAAUACAAUCAUACAAACCAAUGCUAAAUGACUUUGGGCCGCCUUCGUUGGGAUUCCCACAGGGUCCGAAUGGGAACCAGGUACCUCAGAGUAAAUAUGCUGAACUCCUCGCCAUCAUUGAAGAACUUGGGAAAGAAAUAAGGCCGACAUAUGCAGGGAGUAAAAGCGCCAUGGAGCGACUUAAAAGAGGUAUCAUUCAUGCCAGAGGGCUGGUUCGGGAGUGUCUGGCGGAGACAGAGAGAAACGCCAGAUCCUAGCGCCGCCUCAGCGUUCUCUCCAUACGGCUGAAAGAACUGUCACACGGGAGUCAUGCAUGCCUUUCCUGUGAAGGGAUAAAACAAUCACAAAACGGAGCGUUUAUGUUACGAGUUGCGCUUUUCAUAUGCGAUUUGGAGGAAAUAAGGCACCAUUCAGAGAAUAUAUCUUCUGAUUUAUAAAUGCAAGAGAUCCGGAACUGUUGCCAUUUGGGGGUUUUUAUAUAAAUUUCAUUUUCUUUGACCACAUAGUAUCUUUAAGAACAAAUAAGCAAAAAUGCAUGCAACCAGAUGAAAGGUCCCACAUUAGAAUCUGCAUGGCUUUUACAGGUUAGACUAGGUUUGUGCUUUUAGAAAUAGGUCACAGGAUAAGGUAUAAAGUCUUUUUUCUUUGGACGCACUAAAGGAUAGGUGAGUUUUCUUUAAAUCGGGGACAUACUAAAAAGUAUUCUAGUGAUGCCAUUACUUUCGUCUUUUAUUGUAUUUAUUACCUUGUGUAAUACAAUGUAUUUUCAUGUAAAGACAAAAAAGGUCACUCUUUGGAAUUUUGUAUAUCUGUCAAUAAAUAUGACAUUCAUUGUG